CUCACUCUUUCUCUUUUUCUUUCUCUUUCUUUAAUUAAGUCACCUAUUUCCAUCUCUCUCCUUCACAAAAUCUUCAGACUUUACCAAGAGAUUUCGCAUUUACAUCUCUCGAACGUGUGUGAAUUUAUGACUAUGAUAAAUACAAAUGAUAAAUCUUGUGUAAUCUAAUAAAAAGAAAAAUAACAUUAUCAGUGAUAAUCAUAUAUCUUUGUAGUGAGCAAGUUUAAUGAGGACAACUAAUUAUAUAUGUAUAUAAAUAUAUGUGCAUAUAUAUAUAUAUAUAUGUAUAUGUAUAUUACUUGAUUAGUUCAGUACUCUAACUGCAAAGUUGCAAGAACAUGAACGACGUAUAUAUCAAUACGCGUGACUGUCGUUCGAUAUUGAUUUUUUUGUAAUUGAGAAGUAGGUCGUAAACACGUGUUUUAUGAGAAACGGAAAUGAAGUUGUGUCUUAACGAUGAUGGCUUCUUUACGAUUGCGUCGUGUAUAUAAAUGAAAUUGGUUUCGUGAUUCAUUGAGGAAACUAAAAUCAGAUAUGAUGGUUAUCGUUAUGUAACCGGAUCCAUGUGUUAAAAACGAUGGCGUAGAAAAUAAACGAUAUAACAUCAAAUUCGUAGAAAGAAAAAGACCAGAAUGACGGGCAGCAUUUUAAGUUUAUUGAUAAAACCAACGAUAUCGUCGAAUUUAAAUUGUCUGAUACGUCGCUAUACGUCAAGUAGCAGUGAUGUUUGCAACGUAUACGAUCUCGUUGUUGUUGGAGGUGGAAUCGUGGGAUGUGCUACGGCACGUGAAAUGUUAAUAAGACAUCCUAAUUUGAAAAUAGCUAUCGUAGAAAAAGAGAAUGCUUUAGCAAAACAUCAAACAGGUCACAAUAGUGGCGUCAUUCAUGCUGGCAUUUAUUAUAUGCCUGGUAGUAUGAAGGCGAAGCUGUGCGUCGAAGGUUUGAAACUGUCCUAUGACUAUUUAUGCAAGAAAGGUAUACCUCAUAAAAAGAUCGGUAAAUUGAUAGUAGCUCAGAAUGAACAACAAGCUAAUUUGAUAAACGUUCUGUUCGAUCGAGGAUUGAAAAAUAAUGUACCUGAUCUUCAAUUAGUCGAUAAAGAGUGCAUUUCAAAUUACGAACCGAAAUGUAAGGGUAUAAAGGCCAUUUGGUCGCCGUGGACGGGAAUUGUGAAUUGGGCUGAGGUUUGCUAUCACUUUGCAGAAGAUUUUCAAAAAAUGGGCGGUCAAAUAUUUCUUAAUUACGAAGUUAGUGGAUUCUCUGAAAUGUUGGAAUCGCAUAAUGAAGGACUGUUGACACCUAUAAUCGUUCAGUCUAAAAAUAAGUUUAUUUCAACGAAAUAUGUAUUAACAUGCGCUGGUUUAUAUUCGGAUCGUUUAGCCGUCAUGACGGGAUGCGAUCGCAAUCCACGGAUAGUUCCCUUCCGAGGCGAAUACCUUCUUCUAAAUGAAAAUAAAAGACAUUUAUGUACAACGAACAUAUAUCCGGUACCUAAUCCGAAAUUACCGUUCUUGGGCGUACAUUUUACGCCUAGAAUAAACGGUGAAAUAUGGGUCGGCCCAAAUGCUAUUUUGGCACUAUCUAGAGAAGGUUACAAAUGGACAGAUAUCAACAUAAGAGACUGCAUAGAAAUGGCCAAGUUUCCUGGAUUGUAUAAGCUGCUCUUCAGGUACUUUAUACCUGGAGUUAAAGAAAUAGUUAAAUCAAUAUUCUACCCAUUGGCAAUAAAGGAUAUUCAAAAAUUUAUACCAGAAAUUUCGUUUAAAGAUGUAAAGAGAGGACCAGCUGGUGUCAGGGCACAAGCAUUAGACAAUGAUGGCAAAUUAGUAGACGACUUUGUUUUUGACAGUGGAAAUGGCAGUAUUGGAAGCAGAGUUCUUCAUUGUCGUAAUGCUCCUUCGCCUGCUGCAACGAGUAGUAUGGCCAUAGCAAAAUACAUUGCUGAUAAAAUGGAAAACGAUUUCAAGUUUUAAUAUUCUGUGAUAUAAUUGAAGGAUCUAAUGAAAUUUCUCAGCAAUGAGGAAAGUUCCAUUCUCUUGUACACAGUAAUUAUACUUCAUAAUAGAAUCUGUCACUGUCCAAAAUAUAUAUCGUAAGAUUAUAAUAUAUUUUGUUACGCCGUUUCUAUAUAUUAGUUAGUACUUGAUAUUUCAUAGCAAUCAUAUAAUGCAUUACAUGUGUUUUUAAAAGAA